GUGCGAGACGACGAUUAUUAUCACAACGAUGGCUCGCGCGAGCGAUUGCUGUGCGCGGAAGGGACGAUACCGAUCGAAUACAACGGUGCGAGGUAUAACAUUCCGGUGAAGAUGUACGCGCCCAGCGACUAUCCGACGACGCCGCCGACGUGUUUCGUGACGCCGACGAGAGAUAUGGUAGUAAAACCGAAUCACGGGUGCGUGGAAUCAGAUGGAAUGGUGGUGAUCGAACGCGUGUUUCGAUGGGAUCGUCGGCGGAAGAUGAGCGAUGUGGCGCGGGCGCUGAGCGACGUGUUUAGCGCGGAGCCGCCGCUGUUUUCGAAACCGGCGCGCGGGGUAGGGAACGCGGGAGAGGCGACGCAGCGCACGGCGACGGCGUCGACGGCGGAGACGAGACCAGAACGAGUCCCGUUUAGCGUGUCUGUCGAACGACGACCGAGUUUGAACGAGCGUUUCGCGCAAGGGCAGCGAGCAACGACGAGUCCGCGCGCCGACGACGCGACGGCGGCGCAGGCGUGGUUUCGUCAAACAGCGAUACAGUCUUUGACGGAUCGCUUGAAGUCUGGCACCGAACAUCAUUUAGAUGCAAACGCACAGCUCAUCGAAACGCUCUUGGCGCAUCAAACCGAGCUUUACGCGAGAAAGAUUAAUCUAGAACAGGAAAAGGGCGUGUUGCGAUCGAUGUGCGAUCAGUUUGAACGCGACGCGCAGGAGCUCAGAGGGGCGACGGCGACCAUGGAACGGUGGCUUGAAGCGCACCCAGACACAGGAGAAGUGUCGUUCGAUCCCGAAACCGCGAUCGAAGCCGCCGACGCGAUGAGUCGUCAGCUCUUAAACGCGCACGCCAAGGAUGCAGCCAUCGAAGACGCGCUCGACGCGUUGGACGAACUCCUCAACGACGGCAAAGUCCAACUCGAAGACUACAUGCGUCAGGUGAACAAACUGUGCAAAGAACAAUUCAUCGCUCGCGCUGAGAUACUCGUCGUGUCGAGGAUGCAGCAAGAGCGCGGUGUGACGAAUGGCUUGGCGCCGCGCGACGACGGCGCCGAAUCGCCGCGAGACGUCGAUUUCGAUUUUCUUCGCCCGCGACCGCCGCAAUCAUCGCCGCCACCGCGCGAGACGCGCAAACCACCGCCAUCGUGGAAUUCAAAUUCAAAUUCGAAUCCGACCGGGUGGUGGGAUUGUUAG